GAGUGCGCUAAGGAUGUCGUCAUUAGCUCACGACAACGAGGAAGACAUGUACAGUCUUGCAUGAAUGGGACCAGAGAGUUCUUGAAAGAUAAGACCAGACCACUUGAUGAUAUUGUGAGCUCAAUAGAAAGCAUGGAGGUAAUCCUACAGUGUGCUGAUUCAGACGAGUCCCUCAUUAAUGAGAACCUGGCUGCCCAUAUCUACAAGCCAGGUGGGAAGUUUAAGGGGUUGAGUUUCAAGGCCAAAAAAAAAGAGAAUGCACCUGUGGACAUCACAGCUGGUUCGACUCCUGAGGAUGACACCGAUAGUCUGGUGCAGCUGGACCUUCCUCCUGAAGUCCUAGAGGAGGGGGAGGAGAGCUCUAUUGUGUUCUGCAUGAUUGAUGCUGUUGAACAAUUUAAGACUCAGAAUGUUUCAGGUGGACGGAUCUACGGGGUCAGCAUCUGCAACAAGAGCAUCUCAGGGCUGAACCAGCAACUCAACAUCACUAUCAGUCUACCCAACGCUGACAUAACUGUAAGGGAAAACAAGGAGCCAAGUUGUAGGUUUUUGGAUUAUACAAGCAGUGAUUUCAAGACGGAUGGUUGCUCAACACAGUGGAAUAAAACAGAAGAAAAAGUGAUCUGUUCUUGCAACCACCUGACCUACUUUGCUAUACUGAUGGUGAGUCCUGAUAUCAGCGGUGCUGACGCGGUGAAUCUGAGCUAUAUCUCUCUGAUUGGCAGCAGCAUCUCCCUCACCUUCCUGCUCCUCACCGUCCUCAUGCUCAUCAUACACAGGCAGGCCAGCUCAGACGUGUCUAUGAAGAUCCACAUCAACUUGGCUUCAGCUCUGAUUCUGCUGAACGUCCAUUUCCUGCCCAGCUCCUGGGCGGCCUCUCUGGCGCCCUCUGGAGGCUGUGUGUAUGUGGCGGUCAUGCUGCACUACAGCCUACUGGCCACCUUCAGCUGGACGGCCAUCGAGGGCUUCCACCUCUACCUGCUGCUUGUGCGCGUCUUCAACACCUACGUCAGGAGAUACCUGCUCAAGCUGGGCCUGCUGGGCUGGGGUGUUCCUGCAGUGGUUGUGAGUUUGGUCCUGAUCAUCGACAAAAGUGUGUACGGCCUUGUGACCGUCAUAACCCCUGGAAACAACACCGACACCACACUACAAAUGUGCUACAUCAGCAGUGAUGUGGUGAAGCUGGUGACCACGGCGGGGGGCUUUGCGCUGGUGUUUGUGUGUAACCUGGGCGUGCUGGCCUCAACCGUGCGUCUGAUGCUGCAGCUGCGUGCGAGUGGCGCCCCCUCUGGCGAGCGGCGGCGGCGCGGCGCUGUGUGCAGGGACGCGUGCUCGGUGAUGGCCAUCUGCUGCAUGCUGGGAGUCACCUGGGGCCUCGUGCUCCUCUCCUUCAACCAGCUCACGCUGCCCGGCAUCUACCUGUUCUGCAUACUCAACUCCCUCCAAGGCUUCUUCAUCUCCAUAUGGUUCUGUGUAUCCAGACUCUACCCGCACUCAAAGAACGAGAACAGCACAGAGACACACAGCAGCAGAGGCUAGGAGGAUGGAGUCUUCACACACACACACUCAUACUGACACACGCGCGCGCACACACACACACAUACACACACACUCUCUCUCUCUCUCUCUCUCUCUCUCUCUCUCUCUCUCUCUCUCUCUCUCUCUCUCCCACUCUCACAGACACACACACACACACACACACACACUCGGAUAUGGGUAGUAUUGCAAUAAGAUGUAUUUUAA